GCCAUGUUUGAAGCAGAGGUAUGAGACAGUCGAGCACGAAGUUUUAUAAAGUAAAUAUUUAACGACAUAAUAGCUUAACGUAUAGCAGUCGGUGAUAUUUUAGAGAGGCUGUAACAUUCUGUGUCGAGUCUCAAAUCUCAGCGCUCCUUCAAAGUAGGUUUCGGGACUUUCUCUUGGUGAAAAGAGCCUCAGUUGUCGAGAUUUCAGUGUUCUAUAAGUUCAGCUCGGUGCUACUGUCAAACCUGUUUAUUUGUUCAUUAGCGAACUAAACCCUGCGAUUAGACCCAGUAGCCCGCUGUUAGCCACCUUCUCAAUGUGCCAGGUGGACGAAGACUACCAUGAUCAGCUGGAGCACAGCGACGUGCCCAGCGUUUCCAAGAAAUGUGUCAAAUGCAAAGACGCGACUGCAGCUGUGGUCAUCAGGGCUGGAGACCCAUACUGCAGGGGCUGUUUCAAGGAAUACUUCAUUCAUAAGUUCAGAGCCAUGCUGGGCAAAAAUAGGGUCAUUUUCCCUGGAGAGAAGGUGCUGCUGGCUAUAUCUGGAGGUCCUUCUUCCUGCUCAAUGCUCAGUCAAGUCCAAGAGGGUUUGAGUCAGAAUGCUCACAAGAAGUUGAGAUUCUUACCUGGCAUCGUCUACAUUGAUGAGGGGGCUGCUGCUGGUCAGUCUGUGGACGAGAGACAGAGGACGGUGGCUGAGCUGCAGGCUGUGUUCAGAGCCACUGGUUUCCCCUUCCACAUCGUUCCUCUGGAACAGGUUCUACACCUUCCAAGCUCAGUUGUGAUGACGACCCCAUCGCCCUCAGAGCGACCAGCCAGUGCCUACAAAGCAGCUGUGGAUCACUUCAUCCAGGGCAACAGCAGUGGCUGUUUGACACCACAGGAACAGGAGGAAACAGCACUACCUGAUGUUCAGGAGUCCCACACACAGUUACUGCAGCAGCUGAUCGGCUCUGCCAAGACACCGACGGCCAGAGAAGACCUGCUGAACACAUUAAGGCAGCAUCUACUGGUGCACACAGCACGUACUGAAGGCUACAGUAAACUGAUGCUGGGAGACAACUGCACCAGGCUGGCUGUUAAACUUCUAACAAGUAUAUCACUGGGCAGAGGAGCACAGCUGGCUCAGGACACGGGUUUCUCAGACUCCAGGUAUGGUGACAUAACAAUAGUGAGGCCAAUGAGGGAUUACUCAGCUAAAGAAAUAACUGACUACAAUCGUAUGUUCAGUGUGCCCUCUGUUACACCAAGCCUGGACACGAAGACAACAGACAAGGCCAGCAUCCAACGUCUGACAGAGAGCUUUGUCACUAAACUGCAGGCAGACUUUCCCUCUACUGUCAGCACCAUCUACAGGACCAGCGAGAAGCUGCAGACAGCGUGUCAGAGCUCCUCCACAGCUGACCACUGCGACAGAUGUCUGCUCUGCAUGUGCGCCUUGGAUAAAACUGUUGAGAAUGCUUCAGCCUUCCAGGCCACAAUGAUCUCUGAGCAGCUCUCCCAGAAUAAAUUCCCAGGAGCUACCAGUGCUGAGAUUCUGAGACAAAACCAAGCUCCAGUGGAGCCAGAAUCAAGUGCUCCCACUGUGCAGUGCUGUUCCUCUGGAAGAGGAGAGGAUUGUGGGAGAGCAGUGACUGAUGGAGGCUGCUGUUCUUCUGGCAAAGUACCAGAGACAACCGAUCUGAAAAGCCUGUUGUGUUACAGCUGUCAGCUGACCAUCAAAGACAUGUCGUCAGUGGUCAGUCUCCCACAGUACAUCCUGUCAGAGGCUCAGAGGAGGCAGAGGAGGUCUCAGAUGAGAGAGGAGAUCAGUGAGUUCCUGUUGGAUGAUGGCGAUGAAGGUGAUUAAAGGGAGGAGGCCAAGUCUGAUGACACAGAAGUGCAUUUCUGGAUGUUAAUCAGCAGCAGUCCACUCGCUAAACUCACGGAGUUAAUACCAAAACUGGGCAUAAUGUUCAUAUCCCAGUGUCUUAAUUGAUAUUUAAAGGCUGUUUAAUAAAACUGAAAUGUGUGCUGUA